UACAUGAAUUUUUAGUUGCAUAAGGGUUUUCCUUUAACAAUAGAGUAGGCUAUCACCCUAAUGAUUAUAAUUUAUGAUAGCUUUUUAUUUCAAUGUACAUAAGAAGACUAAAUCUUUGUGUUAUUUUACUGCAGUAUUUUUUAAAAUAUAUUUUUUCAGUUUUUUAAAGAAUAAAUUGUUUAUUUUUCUACACUUCUUUCAUGUCUCAUAUUGCUAAUGACUACAGAUAAUUAAUAGCAAAAUAAAAAAAUAUAUUUUUUCAGCUUUUACAGUACAUUAAAAUGCUUUAUAAUUUUUUUUUCAGAUUAAAUUUAAGAGAAAACAUCGACAUCAUGUCAGACAAAAACGAGCCGAUUCCAGACACCAGGGUGCGGAAGCUGAGGAAAGAUGGAAGCUGGAUCCGCAGACAGGAUGACAGCCCGACCAGCAAACCAGAAGAUCUGGAAACCAAACCUUUGGUGAAGAGAAAUUCCUAUGUUCUGAUGGCAAUAAAAAGAUAUGAAUCAUUAGAUUCUUCUUCAGUUUCUCCUCCCCCAGAGACAGACACAAAUCCAUCUGACAGAGAUUCAACCAACCAGAAUGGAGAGAAAGCUAAAUUUCUCCAUGAUGGUGUUCAGCCUGAUGGAUCAUCUGGUCAGACUCCAAGCAACACAAAGUCUAAAGAACCUACAAAGCAUCUUGUUACUCCUCCAGGUGAAAACAUCAACACAGGCACUGUUAAGACAUCUCCUUCAGUAGAUGCUGCACCUCUUCCAGACCCAAUUUCAAGUGCCAAGAUCACGUCAAAGGAACUAGCAACAAGUAAAGUUCAACCAGUUAAUGAUACUGCUGUUGAAAAAAGUAUCACGUCAACACCUGAGAAAGUAAAAGAUUUUAAGGUGGUGCAAAAGACAGAGAUUACUAAACCUGUGCCAUCUGCAGACACUGAUAAUCAGACUGCUCUUUCAGAACAUGAUCCAAAGAGAAGCAUUAAAAAUACAACUGAUGCUAAAGUUAAGUCAUCACCUGAUGUUCCUGCUGUUACUGUAGCAACAGUAACAGAUAAGACAUCUCUAUCUAACACCAAACAACCAGUCGCUGGUGGUCAAUCUGAGGCUCCAACUGUCAAAGCUAAUGUUAAAACUGCAGAGAGCCAAGAUGAUCCUGCACCUCCUCCAGAGCCAUCAACAGUAAUCACAACUGUGAGUACACCAGAAGAGAAAACAACACAACCUAACAGUGACCAACCACUUUCUCAAGAUCUUUCCAAAACACCUACCGACAAAGCUACACUUACAUCUGAAGGGAGUGAAGAGAAACCUGUGGCAUUGACAAAGCUAGUUUCAGCCCUCAAAGCUAAGAAUGAAGUCCCAUUAGCUGAUGGUGGUCCUGUUGAACCAAGUGUCGUGUCAACACCUGAGCAAGUUUCAGAAUGCCUACCAAAGAAGCAAGCUAAGCUUGAACCAUCUCCAGAUGUUGAUACUCAGACAGCUUCAGAACAAGAUGCAAAUAAAACAGCUAAAGCUGCUUUACAGGUUGAAGUGGAGGCAUCACCCAAAGUCCCUCCUGCUAACAAAACAACUCUGGCAAAUGAAGAAACUCUACCUAAGAGAGAACCAGUUCCCAGUGGUCUGUCUGAGGCUCCAACUAUCAAAGCUGAUGUCAAAACUGAGGUAAAAACUGCAGAGCCACCAACAGUGAUCAGAGCUGAAAGGGCAACUGUGAGUACACCAGAAGAUACAUCCACUCAACCUAACAGUGACCAACCACUUUCUCAAGAUCUUUCCAAAACACCUGCUGACAAAGCUGCACUUACAUCUGGAGGGAGUGAAGAGAAACCUGUGGCAUUGACAAAGCUAGUUUCAGCCCUCAAAGCUAAAAGUGAAGUCCCAUUGGCUGAUGAUGCUCCUGUUGAACCAAGUGUUGUGUCAACACCUGAGCAAGUUUCCGAAUGCCUACCAAAGAAACAAGUUAAGCUUGAACCAUCUCCAAAUGUUGAUACUCAGACAACUUCAGAACAAGAUGCAAAUAAAACAGCUGAAGCUGCUUUACAGGUUGAAGUGGAUUCAUCACCCAAAGUUCCUCCUGCUAACAAAACAACUCUAGCAAAUGAAGAAACUUUACCUAAGAGAGAACCAGUUCUUAGUGGUCUGUCUGAGGUUCCAACUGUCAAAGCUGAUGUCAAAACUACGAAAAAUUCAGAGGAUCCUGCACCACUUUCAGACCCACCAACAGUGAUCAGAGCUGCAAGGGCAGCUGUGAGUACACCAGAAGAUAUAACCACUCCACCUAACAGUGACCAACCACUUUCUCAAGAUCUUUCCAAAACACCUACUGACAAAGCUGCACUUACAUCUGGAGGGAGUGAAGAGAAACCUGUGGCAUUGACAAAGCUAGUUUCAGCCCUCAAAGCUAAAAGUGAAGUCCCAUUAGCUGAUGAUGCUCCUGUUGAACCAAGUGUUGUGUCAACACCUGAGCAAGUUUUAGAAGACCUACCAAAGAAACAAGUUAAGCUUGAACCAUCUCCAAAUGUUGAUACUCAGACAGCUUCAGAACAAGAUGCAAAUAAAACAGUUAAAGCUGCUUUACAGGUUGAAGUGGAGACAUCACCCAAAGUCCCUCCUGCUAAGAAAACAACUCUGGCAAAUGAAGAAACUUUACCUAAGAGAGAACCAGUUCCUAGUGGUCUGUCUGAGGCUCCAACUGUCAAAGCUGAUGUCAGUGCUGAUGUCAAACCUGUGGAGGGUUCACAAGAUCCUGCACCACAUUCAGAGUCAGCAACAGUGAUCAGACCCGAAAAGGAAGUUGUGUGUACACCAGAAGCAUCCAACAGGGAACAACCCCUUUCUCAAGGUCUUUCCAAAACACCUACUGACAAAGCUGCACUUACAUCUGGAGGGAGAGAUGAGAAACCUGUGGUAUUACCAGAGCUAGUUUCAGCACUCAAAGCUAAAAGGGAUAUCCAAUCAGCUGAUGAUGGUCCAGUUGAGCAAAGUUUUGAGUCAUCCCCUGAGCAGGCUUCAGAAGACACACCAAAGAAUAAGCUGGUUCAUCUUGAACCAUCUCCAAAUGCCAGUACUCAGACAUCUUCAGAACAAGAUGCAAUUAAAAUAGUCAAAGCUGCUGCAGAGGUUAAAGUUGAUUCAUCACCCGAAGCCCCUUCUGCUAACAAAGAAACAGUAAAAGAUGAUCCAUCUCUACCUAAGAGUAUGCCAUCAGUGCCCAGUGGGCUGUCUGAGGCUCCAUCUGUCAAAGCUGAUGUCAAAUCUGCAGAGAGUCAAGAGGAUCCUUCACCCCUUUCAGAGCCUUUUAUAGUCAUCAUGGCUGAAAAGGUAGACGUGACUCCUGUGGAAGUUGAAACUACUUCUCUCAACAAAGUAAAACCAGUUAGUAACAACUCAUCUCAGUCACCUGCUCCUGAAGCUCUACUCAAGUUGGCAGAAACUAAAGAGGACUCCUCAGUCGAACAAGAGUCUGUUUCAGUGACCACAUUUAAAAGUGAAGUCCAGACAGGUGUUGUUGAACAAAUGAAUGAGCUAAAACCUCAGUGCGCUGGAGAUGGUAAACUUGAAAUGACCAUGAAGGAGAAUGCUGAACCUUUACCAUCUGCUUACACUCAUAAUCAGACAUCUCCUUCAGAACAAGAUUCAAAUAAAAUAGCUAAAGUCACAGAGAUUGAAGUGGAGUCGCCAUCCCAGGUCCCUUCUACUAACAAAGAAACAGCAACAAAUGAGACAUCUCCACCUAAGAGUAUGCCAUCAGGUCCUAAUGGUCUGUCUGAGGCUCCAGCAGUCAAAACUGAGGUCAAAACUACAGAGCCACCAACAGUGAUCAGAGCUGAAAAGGCAGCUGUGAGUACACCAGAAGAUAUAACCACUCCACCUAACAGUGACCAACCACUUUCUCAAGAUCUUUCCAAAACACCUGCCGACAAAGCUACACUUACAUCUGGAGGGAGUGAAGAGAAACCUGUGGCAUUGACAAAGCUAGUUUCAGCACUCAAAGCUAAAAGUGAAGUCCCAUUGGCUGAUGAUGCUCCUGUUGAACCAAGUGUUGUGCCAACACCUGAGCAAGUUUCAGAAUGCCUAUCGCAGAAGCCAGUUAAGGUUGAAUCAUCUUCAAAUAUUGAUACUCAGACAGCUUCAGAACAAGAUGCAAAUAAAACAGCUACAGAGGUCGAAAUUGAGACGUCACCAGAAGUCCCGCCUUCUAACAAAUCAACUCUAACAGUUGAAACUACUCUAUCUAAGAGAGAACCAGCUCCUAGUGGUCUGUCUGAGGCUCCAGCUGCCAUAGCUGAUGUAAAAUCUGCAGAGAGUCAAGAAGAUUCUGUUAAAACACUGGACAGCACAGCAGACUUGAACACAAACACUAUAAUUAAGCCAGAGCCAUCAACAGAUACUAAUACAUCUCCAUUAAAACAACAAUUAGAAAAGGUAACAGCUGAAAUUGUUGAGGAGGUUGAACUGGAGUCAAUCCCCGACAUACUUGCACCUAAUAAAGAAACACUCGGAAAUGACACAUCUAACACUGAAACACCUAGUGAUAGUCUGCCUAAAUCACCUCCUGCUGAAACUUUGGUAAAGACUGCAGAGCGUGGAGAGGAUUCUGCAGCACCACCAGAGGCAGUUCUAGCAACCUGUGCUGAGAGGGAUGUCCAAUCUCUUGAUGGUGAUGCUCCUGUCAAACAAAGUGAACAGGCAACAUCUGAGCACGUAACAAAACAGAUGCCAGCUAUAAAGACAGACGAGGAUGUUCAGACCUUACCUGUUGCAGGUAAUAAGGAUUUAGUUCACAAAGUGAUUGAGCUAACAGAUGCACUGGAUGUGGAGGCACCUGGACUGGAAUCUGUUUCAAAACCUGUGGAUGUUCCAGAACCUCAUCUCCCACAGGAUUCUGGGUUGAAGCAACCGCAAGCUGACAACAAAAAUUCCGAGGAUUUGGGGAAAAUUGCAGAUGAUCUGAGUUCUACAAAGAACCACGACAGACUCUUCAGUAACAAUGACAUCUGCACUUACUGCAAUAAAAUCAUUGAUGGAAACGCUAAGAUAGUAUUCAAUGAACCUUCAGUGAUCUGCCAUCCGAAGUGCCUCAAGUGUGGAGUUUGUGCGAAGGACCUGGGGGGUCUCGAAAUCCCCAUGUUCUUGACCGAUGAAGCGAUCCUGUGUGUUGACUGCUACAGGAAAGCUUGAGUUUCCAUGGCAGUGGAUGGAAUUAACUUGAGCCAAGAAUCCCACAAAUAUUUUUAUUAUCUUGCUUCUUUC